GGGAACAGCAAACUUGACUACUUUGUAUGGAGAAACCAUUGUUAUGCCAUGCAAUGGUGGAGCUCCACCACCGGAAGAUCUGAUGUUCAUCAAGUGGAAAUAUGAAAAAGAUGAUGGCACACCUGGUGAUCUGUUAAUCAAACAGGCUCACAGUGACCAGGCCACAGUUCAGGCCACAGAUGGUUAUGCUCAACGGGUCAGCAUCAAUAGGCACUUCAGCCUGCUCAUUACCCAGGCCUCACUCAAAGACCAGAGGACUUUCACCUGCAUGGUGGUGUCAGACGCCAACCUCAUGGAGUAUCCCGUCUCUGUUGUUGUUUACAAGAAGCCAUCACCAGUGCGGAUUAUGGACAAAAGUGAAUUAUUACAGAAAGACAAAUUAACAGCGGUUGGAACAUGUGUUGUAGCAGAAGCAAACCCUCCAGCCACUAUCAAGUGGAGAAAAAAUGGACAACUUUUGAAAGAUGAUCAAAAAUCUGUUGUGAUCACUAACCACUUGAAGCUGGAUCCUGACACAGGCCUAUCCACCAUGCUCUCCACCCUCCAAUAUGCAGCCACCAAAGAGGAUGUUGAUGCAAUCUUUGCCUGUGAAGCCACACACACACUGAUUAAUCAGGAGACUGAGCUGGAACCUUUUCCCAUUCACUAUCCAUCGGAGCAGGUUACUCUCCAGAUUAUGUCACAGCCGCCCAUUAUAGAAGGAGAUAAUGUGACACUAAAGUGUACUGCUGAUGGCAACCCUCCACCUAGAUCCUUCUUUUUUCAUAUUAAGGGCACGAAAGUGCUGGUUGAAAAUUCGGACAACUACACUGUAACUGCCAUCAACAGAAAGGAUACGGGUGAAUACAAAUGCUCACUGGUUGACAACGAGAAAGUGGAGGCCUCCCAGAACAUUGUUGUUAGUUACCUGGACCUAAGUCUGAGUCCCACUGGAGAGGUUGUGAAGAACGUUGGGGAAACCCUGUCUGUGAAGAUAGAGAAGAGUACCUCAGGUGAUGCUAAAGAGUUAUGGAAAAAGAAUGGAAAGAUGGUGAAGAGACCAGAGUUUAGUAAUUUGACCUUUGCCGAUGCUGGAGACUACGUCUGUGAAGUUUCACUGACUGGUCUGACACGACGUCAGAGCUUUCAACUAGUCAUAGAAGGAAAGCCUCGGAUCACCAGCCUUACUAAAUAUCGUGCUGCUGAUGGCAAAGACACAGUCCUAACCUGUGAAGCUGAAGGAGUACCAAAACCCCAGUUCCAGUGGAGCAUCAAUAACCCAAUAAAGGAGGAGAGCUCCUACAUCAAUGGCAAAGUGAUUCAUAAAAUCACCAUAGUCCCCAAGGAGAACUUGACUGUCACUUGCAACGUCAGUAACCGCCUGGGACAACAUGCCGAGACAAUCAGUGUUUCCUCUGGAUCUCGAGAAGAUCAGGACCAAGCAAAGCUCAUAGGGGGUGUUGUGGCAGGGCUCGUCCUAGUUGGUAUUAUAGUGGGACUCAUCUGCUGGCUCGGCAGUAAGAAAUCAAGACAAGGAACCUGGAAAACAAAGGAGGAGAUGAAUAGAUCUCAUGAAAACGAGAAACUAAAGCCCAGUGACUGUGUUUAAAAGGCACUAGCUGAAGAGGUUAUUGCUGCACGACACUACCAACUGGUCAUCUGCUGUGAGCUUGAAACUUUGUUUAUACUAUAAAACUAUUUGUUUCUGCCUACUUUUGUUUGAACAAUUGAAUUCUGACAACCAGCCCAACACCAACAGAACACCUGUUGGUGUCCUUCUGCUCUAUGGAUUUCUCCUUUGGUUGCUACCUACCCAUAAAUGGUUUCAGAAGGAUUCCACUAAAGAGACCAGCUACAAUCGACUAGCUCUGGAUCUUUUUCAGCUCAGCCAGAAAAUGGAAAGUUGGAUUUCCAUCCUUUACCAAAGAUGGGAGAAUGAACUGCUGCUGGACUCCCUGGAAAACCCCACCCUGUGUCAACCCACCAAUACUUCUGUCACUCCCUGCAAUUGUUCAUCUGUCAAAACAAAAACACAAAUUAAUUCAUCAAUAAGCGGCAUGUCAGCACAGCUGAUACAUUCAUCAGGGAAUUUUCAAAGUGUACAUUACCAUUCCUGUUAUCCUGUGAUGAAAUGAUGGACAACUUCUCUAAUACAAUUGCUCAAGUUAUUGAGACUAUUGCUCCUGUAAAAACUAUUAAUAUAUAUGGUCCACCAAAAGCACCCUGGAAAAAUAGUGAAAGAUGGCGAAAAACACUGCAGGAGAGUUGAGAGAAAAUAAACUACAAAUUAAUUAAUUUAGAAAUCUAUAAAAAUGCGUUAUACUGCUAGAAUAAUUAAAUUAACCAGAAAAUCCUAUGUCUCCCAAGUGAUCAACGAUAACCAGUCUAAUUCUGCUUUUUUUCCCCAUCCACUGAUGAAGUAUUUUAUCCCUCCAAAACCAUGCUAACUGAAUUCCCUUCAGUAAAUGAGUGUGAUGAAAUUAAAUCAUUUUCUAAAUAUGAUAAACAGCUCUCUCCACUCUGGCAAGCAAGUGUUCUGGUGACAGUGGAAAGGAAAAACUACCUUUUAACAUUCAGAAACCUCCAGCCGAACCAGGCUCAGGGAGGGGCGACCAUCUGCCAGAACUGGUUGGGGGUGAAGGGAGGAGACAGGAUAAAUGCUAUGAAGAGAGUCAGAAAUUACUAAUAACUAAAAAUUAAAUGCAGAGUUGUGUAUUAACACACAGUGAAUAAAAAAGGUGACUGAAGAGGAAACACUAUGUGCAUAAUGGGAAUUCCCCAGCAACCUAGACCUAUUGCAGUCUGAGGCCUCAGAUCCAGCCCUAACUAUAUGCUUUACAAAAAGGAAAGUUUGAAGCCUAAUCUUAAAAGUAGAGAUAGCAUCUGUCUCCUGAAUCCAAACUGGAAGCUGGCUCCAUAGAAGAGGGGCCUGAAAACUGAAGGCUCUGCCUUUCAUUCUACUUUUAAAUACUCUAAGAACCACAUCCACAGUCUGAAGGCCAUUAUACACUGAAUGUGCUGCAUAAAAACAACAGAAAAUUCAGGUUUUUCUGGAUCCAAAUUUGUUGUGGAACCUUGGCAUAAUUUUGGAUAGUGAUCUCAAUUUUGAUAAUGCCAUGAAUAAGGUUACUAUUCAUGUGAUUACUUAAUUAUUCUAUUACUUCACAAAGCUCUCAGUGGUUUGGGCAUCCAGUAUAUCUCUAACCCAGUCAGACCUCUUAGGUCACCAGGUUCAGAUCAUUUAACUGUUUCCAGAAUCAGAUCUGAGUAUGCUUAAGGUGCUUUUAGGUACUGGGGUCCUCUUUUUUGGAACAAGCUACCUGCUCACCUGAUCAGUUACAUCUGUGUGUAAAUUCAAAAUAAGACUUAAUCAUUGUAGGCCUGUGUAAAUAAAGAGGUUUUAAGUCUUAUUUUGUUUUGCUUCAUUCAGUUUUGUUUUAUUCUGUUUAGCCAAUUUAUUUAUUUAUUUUUUUACUGUGUGAAGGCAUUGUAAACCUACUGUUUAAUGUGUCCUUAUUUUCUGUAUUAAGCAAAUAGUUUACGUAAUGAAAUGUAGCAGCCUGGGAUUGCACCAUAAGUCUUCCAAUUAGGAGAUGACCUACUUCUACAGACACCCCAAAGUAUGCUUUUAGUUUGAAUAAGCCUAUUUUUUGCAGACUUGGAUCCAACUGGGUCUUGGCUCAAAUCAGAACAGAUUUGGACUGAAGGUGGGGACAGCAACUGAACACUGGAGGGGGAAAAGAUGAGAACUACAGCCAAAUGCAGCCUCAGAAUUCACUGCCUGGCUAGACCCAGCUCACUCAUCUUGCAUGUACUUCCUUAUUUUUUUUUUCUUUUUCUAUGUGUAUAAUUAUUUUUAUUUUCAUUUAGUUCAGUUAUUUAUAUUUAAUUAUAUAUUUUCCCAUUUGAAGUGAACUAGCAAGUAAGAAUUUCAUUGCUGAGCGUAACCACUGUUUUCCAGUGUAUGUGACAAUAAACUAUUAAUUCUUGAUGGAGGAGGAUUUUAACUUGUUUAACUGACUGACUUGACUUCUUCUGGCUUUGCAGAUUUCAGUCCAUCUUCUUGUAGUGCCGUUCCAUGUAAUGUCAGUUUUCUUCCCACAUCUUUGGAGAUUUGAAAGUUGACAUUGCACCACAAAUCACUUGCCCUAUACCCCUUGUUUUUGUUCAAAACCAGGAUACAAAAUGAACAAUAAA